CGACCCGUUCUCUUCGGUGCUUGGUGCCCGCAGUAUAGGCGUCGUCAACAUAGGCUGCACAAGCCAUCACGGCAUGUCAUACCUCUCGGCACUCGUCGACCGCGCAUCACCUUCGGGAACCUUCAGCGGAACACCUCCCGACCAUCUACCUGCCGAAAAUGGGAUACACGUAUGGCGCACAGCGGUCAUCAUGCCCUUCAUCACGUUUACCUUUGUCGCGUUGAGGUUCUACACGCGAAUCCACCUGGUGAAGAUGAAGAUUGCCAUCGACGACUCCGCGACCAUGGCCGCCUGCAUCGCCCACGCCGUACUCAUGGCCCAGGCGACAUACAACGGAAUGGGCCUGCACGUGUGGCAAUUCAACGAGGAACUCAACUCGCGCUACUAUCUGUGGAUCGGCAUCACGUCCGAGUUCUACGUGCUCGGGCUGUGCGGCUUCAAGUGCACGCUGCUGCUCCUCUAUCUCCAGGUCUUCGGCGUGCACACCAAGUUCAGGUGGGCGUGCUUCGGCACCAUGUUCUUCUGCGUGGCCUACCUGCUGUGCAACAUGUUCACCGAGUUCUUCGGCUGCCAUCCGAUCAGGAAGAAGUGGGAGCCGGCGCUGCCGGGCCACUGCAUCAAUAGCUUCGCGACGGCCACCUUCUACGGGGCCUGCAACAUGGCUACCGACCUGGCUAUCGCCAUACUGCCCCUGACCAUGAUAUGGAGCUUGCCGCUGUCGACGCGGCGGCGGAAAAUCGGCCUUAGUAUCGUGCUGAGCUCUGGGUUUAUUGCCUGGGCGGUGGCCGUCGUCCGGUGGUCUAUUUCGACAUAUAACCAGGUCGGGACAUCGGAUCGGCCGUGGUGGGCCGGGAUCAGCUUCGCGCUGUCCAUCCUCGAAAUCAACACGGGGCUCAUCUGCGCGUGCGUCGCGAGCCUGGGGCCGCUGUGGAAGUUGGCGUACGCGCGCGUCAAGGGCUGGUCGAGCCAUGGCAGCGCCGGGUCGAGCCAGGCCUGGGCGCGGCCGGCCCCGUGGCCGAGCCAGCUCUCCGACGACACCGGCAAGCCCGGGCACCGCCACGCGAGCGCCCAGUGGGCCUCCCCAGACGCAGGCGCCCGCGGUCCCGCCGAUCGGCCGAACGCUAGCCGCGAGGACGAGUACGGCCUGCUCGACAUGCCGAGCAUCCGCAUGUUUCCCUCCGCGGAAAACAGGUCCCAGAGAAGCGCCGAGGAGCACGUGUGAAGGGGAUCGCGGCUGUGUAAAUAGUUGGGCGGCUCUUGAGCUGUCGCUUUUGUUUUGUUGUUGCUGCUGUUGUUGCUUGUUAGUCCUAACGCCGAUGAUACCCCCAAGAGUAGUUUGUGAGAGACGCAAUCUACGCCCGCCUCGCCCGCGGUCUCUUUCCGUUGGUCUGCGGACGACCAAGCCGUGCGUUCGAGGCAGCAUAUGUAUGCGUGUGUGUACCUAGCCACACACUGCCCAAUCCUGCAGCCCUGCUGGAGGCUGCUCUCCUCUGGACGGAAGCCCACGUGGGUUGAGCACGCGAUGCCGUUCGGUCCCAGCGGGCACCCACGACGUCG